AUGUUGUGUUGUUGGAUCAAAAUUGCCUCCCUCUUUUGGACCUUAGCCCGCCUUGGUUCCCAGUUACUGAUCAUGCUGUCAAUGAUUGACCGCAUUGCCUUAAGCUACACAUAUGUGGCAAAACAUUCAGUUUUCAGCAUGCAGCCAUUUCUACCAACAGACCACCUUAAGUUGCAAACAAAGACGACAUUUACAUACCUGGUUGAUAUCAAGGCGGUGCAGAUCCUCUUUCUCCCACUGUUCCGCGUUGUAGACUUCAGGAGGAGCUUAAAUUCUCUAGCCUUGUUCCCUAUUCCUCUCAACCGGCUCUGGCUCCUCUCUCAAAAUGUGAGAUCUGGCCUUGUCCCUUAUCAUCCACACGGCAGCCAGCUGAUUUCUUCUUUCCUCGUCUUCACCAAUGGUGACAUCUUCGAACACUUCAUCCAUCCUUAG